AUGGGAAUCCCGGGAAUCGUCGUUAUUGAUCCUUCGGGAAAGCACCGCCCCUACAUCCAGCCCAGAGAUAGGGAUGUAUCCCAAGUUCUUACACUCGAGGUCAUGAACGAGGCUUUGGCUAUCCUUGAGAAUAAAAUCAUCAGCCAGCACGCGCAACUUAACGCCUUCUGGAUGCUCUUUGUCACUCUCAUUCUUGCCGUGCUUCUUCUGAUCGUCUUUCUAAUGUCCGUCUGUCAUGUCCAGGACAAGACGGAUUACGAUCUGGGAAGGGUCCGCGCCAGAGCCGGAUGGCUCGACUUCCAGAUGGCCAAUAUGCGCCAGAAGGUGGAGGAGUUGAAGCGUCAGAUGCGUUAUUCCGAUUCGGACUUGAGUUUCAACGACGGUGACGAUGAAAGCGCCGCGCUUCCGCUCUAUACACCUGCGCCGGCAAUGCACAGCGGGACCUCAGACGGACCUCAUGAUACUAGUAACAGCGAUCGCGAGGUAGUCGAGCCUGACAACAACGAGAAGCAGGAGGAACAUGCCGCGGUACCGUGGGUAAACCAGAUCCUUAGAGGUCAUGCUCAAGCUGUUCAGUAUGUGGAAGGUGCCUUCGACGAACAUGACACCGCUGAUCAUGGUUUUUUGGUGUGA